GCCGGAAAAAUACUCCAGAAUUUUCAGUAACACGGGGCAGAAAACUUUGAGGAGAAGAGAUUCUUGGAAGAGGAGAGCGAUAAAAGGAGGAGAUUUGAGGAAUUUUCCAGGAUUGGUUUCUCCUUAACUUUCCCAGAAUCCAAUCCGCAUGGCGUUCUGACGAGAAGAUGAGCCGCGCGCGGAUCCUUUUUAUCUAUUCCAGAAAAAAAAAAUGUGUUCUUCAUUUCUAAAUUUUGUCUGUCCAAUUUCAUUGCACGAUCUACAAACCCAAAGCCCCACCACGAGGGCUGUCUUUCUCUCUACUGUACUGGGCUUAUCGAACGAAUAUCCGGAUUUGCUUGCCUUUUCUUUAGCUAGCGGUAGUAGCAAAACAAGAUGUAUGGCUUUGCUUGUGGAAGACUAGGGCCAAGGCUCUAUCUUUAAUAGAGGGGUGCUCCUGCUUGGUUUAAACUCCUUAUAUUUCUUCACUUUCAUACAUGUCUUGCGGCAGUCCUGUUAAUGCUUCCAAAAGGCCGUGCAUGGAAAUAGCGUGAUAAAAAGGAAUAGAUAAGUUAUUUUCAUUUUAGAUUCGGUUGCAACUAUUAUUCAUUUGAUUCAGACAGCAAAUCUGAUUUAGUUAUGUUGAAUUUGAUUUGUAAACUGGCACAGUGGAGUGGUGAAAUCUUGGUUUCUUUAUACGCAUGACCAAAAUGAGCUUUUGGAAUUUACUUAUAUCUUAGGCGUAUUGUUCAUAAGCGAUGAUCUUAGGUUUUGCGUAUUUUUUAGUAAAGGAUAGACGAAAGUUGGACCCUCGCAUGGUGCGUAAACUGAUGUUCGCCCCCAAACUGUUUGAGUAAAUGUUCCUUUGAAAUUCUAGUAUCCUUGAAAGUGUUGCACCUUUCCAGCAGGAUAAAUAUAUGUGCCUUAUGAUUGACAUAAUGCUUGAAGUGGACUUUUUGUUGUACUGGCUUAUCCUGCUGUUGAGAAUUGAAUAGGGACAAUUUCUGAUUCAAGGUUUCUGUUUUUUAAGUUGUUAUCCUGCUGUUUUCAGUUGCUGCUAGUGUGACUUUUAGGUUUUUUAUACUAACACUUGCAUAUUUAUAUCAUGCUCAUAUAGUUUUAAGUACAGGAGAUCUUUGUUCUCAAGAGACCAUGCGAAAUGUGGUUAUUUUUUGGGUUUUGGUUUAUAUAUAUAUAUAUAUAAAGAAGCUUUAUUAAAACAGAAAGAGAAGUGCGUCAAUGGAGGACUGACAAAAUCAACCAAAAAAAAAAAGAGAACAAAAAAAAGAGGAGGGAAGAAGCAAGAAAAAUCAAUAAAGAGCUGACCAAUCUCUAUGUAGAACAGACAAAAACUAGGUUUUGAAAUGCCCAUGCGCUUUAACCCACAUUGAGACCUAAAAAGAUAACCUGUUCUAAAGAAGCAAUAAGGGGAAGAAUGAUCUGGGAAAUAUUUUUCUCUAACCAAAUUAUCCUCAAUGCAGCUAAAAGGGCCCUAUGCUACAAAGAUUUGGCCUCCUUUCCUCCUACAAAGAGUAAAGAAAUGGAUGCCUCAAUAUGAGAAGCGUAUACCUAGAAAGUUCAAAAGUAUCAAACAAACAUGUCCAGAUGUUGCAAACCACAUCACAAUUCCAAAAGAGGUGGCUAUGGAAUUUUUGUAGCUUUCUAACACGUCACGAAAAUCCUGGGGUACAAAGCAAGAUUCAAUAUAUGAGGUUGGGGUAAACUGUUGGUAUAAGACCAUAAUUACUAUUUAUCUUUUCAAUUGAGGGUUUCUUUGAUGGCAUUAACUUGGACUGACUUGUAGACAUGCAUAUUGAAUUUUUCACUGAUUUAAUGUCUCUGGCUCAAUUCUCAUUUAAUUUUUAUUCAAUUGUUUUCUACUUUAUUAUUAGCACACUUAUUGUAUGUAGAAUGAGAUCAAAUUUGUGUACUUGAAUUAUUUCUACCCUAGGUUGAAUUCCUUGAUCAAAUUCUAAAUACUGCUUGAGGGAAUAUAAGCUGGAAUUCUGUUUCCUAAAAAGUACAAAAUAGCGGCAAAAAGAUUCAACUGUGAAAAUAAUGAUCUUGUUUUAUAUGCCAAAAGAAAUGGCAUCGUCAUACAUACACAGAAAAUAUGUUGGAACAUAAAAGAUAUGUUUAUAGCAAGUAUAAAUCGUAGGAUAAGAAUUUAAUGAAAAUUUCCCUAAUGGGCCAUAAGUAUUUGGACUACUCUACUUUUAUGCACUGAAAAAUAUAUGGUUAUGUUAAAAGGAUCAUUUAAUUUCUUACUCAGUUUAUUCCAAACAGAUGAAAGGAUAAGGAUAUUGCACAUAAUGAAGUUUGCUAUUUUAUUCAACCAUCCAAGUGCUGAACUGUGAAAGGCACAUGUUCUAUCUACUGUCAGAUUGUUUUCUGCUUUAUUUCUCUUGUGUUGCUUCAAUGCUUAUGAAUCUGAAAAGAACCAGAAGAUAUGAUAUCAUGCUCUCGAUUUCUUCUUCCUUCAAACCAUACUCAAAAUCUCUUCCGAUAAUCUCUAGUUCUAACCCAAACCCAACUGAACCCUUGACUAAACCUCAGCUCAAAGCCCUGGUUCUCAGUCAAUAUUCUCAUGGCAGCUUCUCCAACUUUACUCAAAAAGUCAUCUGUUUACCCUCUGUCCUUCUGACUGCUUGCCAAAAUCUGGCCAAUGUUCUCUCCUCUCACUCAUCACUUCUUCACUCUGUCUCCAAGUGCUUCUCCAUCGAGGAAAUGGGUCGUGAAAUCAGAGAAAACGCGUUUGAUAUUGAGUCUCAUUGCAUCAAAUUUGAAGGAAAGGAGAGAGGCAAGUCUCUGGUUUUGCCUAACUUAAAAUUGAAGGUUUUGAUUGAAGCUAUUCGGAUGGUACUUGAAGUUGUUUAUGAUGAGAGGUUUGUGACCUUCUCUUAUGGUGGGCGUGUUGGUAUGGGAAGACAUACUGCAAUUAGGUACCUUAAGAAUUAUGUAGAGAAUCCUAGUUGGUGGUUUUCUGUUUCCUUUAAUUACCAAAGUUUUAGUAAACAUAAUGUAGAUAAAUUGUGUUUAUUCAUUGGUGAAAAAAUUGAGGACGGGAUUUUGAUUUGUAUGAUUAAGAGGUUAUUUGACUGUGGCAUGCUAAGAAUUGAUUUAGGUGGGUGUUACUUGGGGAAGGGGUUUCCUCAAGAAUGUGGUCUGUCUUCAAUUUUGAUUAAUAUUUAUUUUGAUAGGUUUGAUAAAGAAAUUCAGGAAAUGCGUCUUAAGAUGACGCAGAACAAUCCGAAAAUUGAUACAGAUGAGCUAAAUUGGAGAUCUAAUUUUUUCUAUAAGCCAGUGAAGAUGUAUGCAGUUAGGUACUUUGAUGAGAUAUUGAUUAUAACCUCCGAUUCAAAAAUGUUAACAAUAGACUUGAAGAAUAGAGUUUUGGAUUAUUUGGGCGGGGAAUUGAUGUUGAAGGUGGAUAAAGUAAAAACGGCUAUUCAUAGUGCAGUUUCAGAGAAAAUGAGCUUCUUAGGUAUGGAACUGCAGGCUGUCCAACCUUCUGUUUUGCGUAAGCCUUUAUCGGAGAAAGCAAUUAGAGCAAGGAAGAAAUAUCUUAGGCAAAAGGAAGUUAGGGCUUUAGAACUGCAAAAUGCUCGUGAGAGGAAUAGGAAGAAACUAGGCUUGAAAAUCUUUAAACACAUUUUGAAGAAAAUGAAGCAAAGUAAUGGCUUUAAAUUUGAUUUCCAAAUAGAGAAUGAAGUUAGAGAUAUAUUCAGGACUUGGGCAGAUGAUGUGGUUCAAGAGUUUUUGGGAUCUGUAGAGGAAUGUUCAAAUUGGCACCGACUACUUACAAGUGGGGAUUUUCUCGCAUUGAGACACAUAAGAAAUCAAUUGCCAGAUUAUGUCAUAGAUGCCUAUGAUAACUUCCAAGAGCAGGUGGACAAGCAUUUGACAGUGGUUAAGGCUAGAAGGACACUGGAGAAUGAAGAAAGGAGAGUAGUUGAAGAAGAGGAGCAAAGAUAUGUUGAGAGGACUGUGGAUGAUUUGACAACGCUCUGCAUGAAAGUUUCAGCACCCAUAGAACUUGUGAGGAAAGCUGUUAAGAUGGUCGGGUUCACAAACAACAUGGGUCGUCCAAGGCCUAUCGGCAUACUUUUUGCCCUGGAAGAUACUGAUAUUAUUAAAUGGUAUGCAGGUAUUGGAAGAAGAUGGCUUGAGUUCUUUUGUUGCUGCCACAACUUCAAGAUGGUCAAAAUUAUUGUAAGCUAUCACCUGAGGUUCUCCUGUAUUUUGACAUUAGCAGAAAAACAUGGAUCUACAAAAAAAGAAGCCAUUAGUCACUUUGGUAAAGACUUGAGAACAUUUGAUAUGAAUGGAAAUGAAGAACUGCAUUUCCCUUCGGAAAGGGAGGUUAAGAUGAUGGGAGAUGGGAAUCUUUCUGAUCCCAAACCUGUGGAUGGGUUGUUAUCUUCGUUUUUGAUUAGGUUAGCAUGUGAUGAGCCCCCACAUUCUUGUAGUGCUCAUUUCUGUGGAAGAACUGAUACUAGUAUGUACAGAGUCCGGCCACUGCAAAACCAUUUACACCUGAAUCAAUUGGAUGAAGACAAGUGGGUCAGUGGGAUGAGUGUAAUCCAUGAAUGUCUGCAAAGGAAGUGUCUACCACUCUGUUCUGAUCACAUCAGUGAUUUAUAUUUGGGGAAAAUAACCCUUCAGGAUAUUGAUUAUAGUUCAUUUGUUGAUGUAGAUUGAAUUUCCCUUAUGAUUUGCAAUGGAUGGAUAUUAUUUUGGUCCUUGCUGCAUGAAGUGAUAUUCAGUCUUUUCUC